UAUCAGCUUUUAUGCCUUUAAAUUACAACUCAUCUUCACUGGUGAAGCAGUGUUUCAUCCAUGGCAAGGAACGUGGUUACAGAUUGCAUCCUUUGCUGAUUGUUUUCUUUUUGUGCUCGGCAAAGAGCAAAAGCAGUAGAGUGCAGCAGUGGUGCUGUGUCUCCAAGCAAGGAAGAACUUGCACAAACAAAAGAAGAACAAAGAUGAACAAUACUUCAAAGUUAAAAGCCAACGAAAGAAAAUCACAUUAUUUCUCAAGCAAUAUGUCUCGACCAGCACACAGAAGACCCGAAUAUCAUAAAAUAAACAAGGAUCUUUUUGUCUUAACCUAUGGAGCUCUGGUUGCCCAACUAUGUAAGGAUUAUGAAAAAGAUGAAGAUGUGAAUAAAUAUUUAGAUAAAAUGGGAUAUGGCAUUGGAACACGGCUGGUAGAAGACUUUUUGGCUCGAUCCUGUGUCGGAAGGUGCCAUAGUUAUGCAGAAAUUGCAGACAUUAUUGCCCAGGUUGCUUUCAAGAUGUACUUGGGAAUUACACCAACUGUGACCUGUAACAAUUCAAGCAGAAAUGAAUUUUCCCUGAUUCUAGACAAGAACCCUCUGAUAGAGUUUGUGGAAGAGCUUCCUGCUGGACGAUCUUCUCUGUGCUACUGCAAUUUACUCUGUGGGAUUAUUAGAGGUGGCCUGGAAAUGGUCCAUUUGGCUGCCGAUGUUACAUUCUUACAAGAUAGACUAAAAGGCGACAGUGUGACGGAAAUAGGAAUAACAUUUUUGAAAAAAUUAGAUGAGAAAAAAUACAGGCGGAAAAAGUGAAGAACAGCAUGUCGAAUACCACAAGUUGUUGAGGAAUUAAUACUCUGUAAACAUAUACUACUCUGUAAACAUAUACAGCCAUAUUUUGAAUUGCUAAGUUAAGCUUAUAAAUCUAUCAAAAAUCCAGCAGAGCACUAGAAUGUAAAACUAUUACUUUUUCCUUUGCUCAUAAAUCACAUUUUCAAUCUCAUGCCUAUGAGAUUUCACAUGAAAAUAACUCCUAAGACAGCAAGCAUGAAUCCCACAUAUUUCAUAGUUCACCCUAAGAUGCCUUUUUAUUUAUUUGUUCUGUUUCUAGUGGCUUCAGCUGUUCCUAAAUAGUGGUUGAUCUUGGGCAAGGCCCAUAAAAGGCACAUGAUCUCUCUCUCUUUCUCUCUCUGUCUCUCUCUAUCACACAUACCUCAUAUGCAAAAUAAGAUUGAACAUGAUAAGUAUCUAAAAUUAUAUCAGUAAUUUAAAUGACAUAAUUAACCACUGAAAUUUCAUACUUUGGAACUUUAGAAAACACAGUUCCCCCCAUCUAUCUAGUUAUCUCUUUAACAGGAAAUUGAGGGAGCUAUUAAGGACCAUGUAGGUACACUGGUGCAGCUGUCUGUAGCAUCAAUGGAAGAAAUUUCAAUCCAGUUCCAAGAAGAUCAGAAGUAGAACCUGAAAUAAUAUAUUUGAUAACAGAAGGGAUAUCACGGAGCCAUGCAUCUUAGCAUUAUGACUUCAAAAGAAUAUUUGUCUAAAUUCACUUCAAAGCUUCUUUUUAAAAUGUUCUAUUUUCUGAUCAUUUUUUUCUUUCUCCUUUAUGACAUACUCAAUCCCCAGGUAUCUGAAAUAUUCAUGUCUAAGACCCUUAAAUCAAAAGUCAACUUGCCCCCUUAAGAAUGUUCAUGUCCUGGCGUAUCCUACAAACUGUCUUCUCUCCUUUCCCUCCCCACUCAUCCCCAGCCAAUCUUCCUUAGUCAAAAUCUUAUUUUUCAUAUACUGAAGGCAAUUUAAUUUGAUACUCUCUGUGAUGUUGAGUGUUGGAACCAGUGACAGAGUCAGGUUGAGGUUUGUUGCCCAUCCCCUUUUCUCCCUCAUUCUUGAGGGAGGCAACUUUCUUGGCAUUGAAUUUAAGCUAUGAAAGAUGACCUCUAUUACCCAGAGAGUGACUUGUAUAUAUUCUAGAGGCACUCCUUCCUGAAUGUGAGUCUAGAAAGUGCUAUUCAUUAGAAUUAUGAUGUCCAUAAUUAUAGAUGUUGUAGCAGUCACAUUACAAAAGGAAAACCAGGUGGCAUUAAUUUUAAUAAUAUAUUUUAUUUAGACUAAUUAUCUAAAAUAUAUUUCAACAUUCAGUUAGCAUAAAAAUUAUUGAGAUACUAUUUUCUUAAUACUAACUUUGAAAACUAAUGUGUGGUUUAUACUUUUCCCCAACACAAUAUUAAAUUUUCAAAGAUAACAGUGAAAUGUAUGUAGUGCUAUCAAAAUAAUAAAAUGUGUCAGGGUAAAAUAAUAAAACGUUUAGCGGUAUUUAAUGGCUUCAGUUUUUUAAUCUAAAUUAAUUAAAAUUAAAGUUAAUUUAAAUUUUAUUUCUUCAGCCACAUCAUUCACAUUGUAAAUAUUUAAUAGUCAUAUGUGGCUAGUGAAUACUAUAAUAUACAGCACUGUUCUAUAAUUCCCAGAGUCAAAGGUUUAAUGGGUCUUCUUCACCUUGAACAUAAAAAAAAAAAAAGGGAAGAGAUGAUGGG